UAACAGGUGUGAACAUGAUUCACCAUAUGAAUACAAGCCGAGUCCGUAUUAGCAGUUGAGUAUACUCCGACUCCGCAUUCCACCGCCGACUUAAACACCAGCUAACAACAACCUAUCCACUGCCCCCCAACCAGCAGCUACCAUAUUACGGGAUUCGCAACCACAACCACAACCACAACCACAACCACAACCACUGUUGUUCAAGCAUUAACCCCAAAUUUCCCCAACCCAACCACCACCGACACCAAUAGCAAUGUUGCCGGAAUGACGAAGGAGGAGACGGAAAAUUCGUGGAAAGUAAUAGAUGGUGAAGCGUGAUGGUGAAGUAGUGAUCUGUUACAUUAUGAUUUGAACUCACAACAAACAUCACAAUUCACAUCACACUCUACGUCUCUACCUUACCUCCCCCGCUCAUAAAUCACAAUGAAACUUGAUACUUAAACUGUUCUGCUUCAGAAAGAGAAGAUCUGAAAACUUGGAAGAAAUCAGAUGAUGAAGCGAAGAUCAACAAGUUUCCAGAAUCGAUCUUCUCAUCAUCAAUAUUGGAAACGGAGUUUGUUAUUUGUGAUUGUGCUAUGUACUUCUAUUUGCGUUGGUAGCUUUGUUCUACUUGAAAUUAAUCGACCCAACAUCAAUUUGUUCAUGCCCUUUCCGAAUCUCUUUACCCAAAAACCUAAGAUUGCAUUCCUUUUCAUUGCUCGCAAUCGUCUUCCUCUUGAUUUCGUCUGGGAUGCCUUUUUCCGGGAAGACAAGGACAAAAGGUUUACAGUGUUUGUUCAUUCAAGACCUGGGUUCCUGUUCAACAAGGCAACAACAAAGUCCCUGUAUUUUCUAAACCGUCAAGUCAAUGAUAGUGUACAGGUAGAUUGGGGAUCAGCUAGCAUGAUUCAGGCAGAGCGACUUUUGCUUGAAAAAGCACUUGUUGAUCCAGCUAAUGAGCGGUUUGUUUUCCUGUCAGAUAGCUGUGUACCUCUAUACAACUUUAGCUAUACAUAUGAUUAUAUCAUGUCAACAUCUACCAGUUUUGUCGACAGUUUCUCCGACACAAAGGGGGGACGUUACAAUCCAAAGAUGCAAUCCAUUGUUCCCGAAAGAAAUUGGCGUAAAGGUUCUCAGAUACAGUGGGUUGUGCUGAACAGGAAACAUGCUGAAAUUGUCCUAAAAGACGAAACUGUUUUUCCGGUAUUUCAGCAGCAUUGCCAGAGAAAGUCACUCCCAGAAUUUUGGCGCGAACAACCCUUUCCAGUUGACACAUCCAAGCAGCACAACUGCAUACCAGAUGAACAUUAUGUCCAAACAUUACUCGCUCAAGAAGGCCUUGAAGGAGAGAUAACAAGAAGAUCUUUGACGCAUACAGCUUGGGAUCUUUCAGCCUCUAAAGACCGUGAAAGACGUGGAUGGCAUCCAGCAACUUACAAAUUUUCAGAUGCAACCUCUCAGCUAAUUCUCUCUAUUAAGGAAAUAGAUAACAUCUACUAUGAGACUGAAUCUCGAAGAGAAUGGUGCAGUAGCAAGGGUAAACCCUCCCCUUGCUUCCUCUUUGCAAGAAAGUUCACUCGACCUGCUGCUAUUCGUAUACUUAAUUUGUCUCUACCAAGUAAGUAGCCAGAGAGAUGGAAAAGGAGGAUUUUGAUGUAUGAAUUUCAAGACAUUAGGAGCUCGUUGUGUUGAAAAUUGAAGGACCAUCAAGAAGUUGGUUAGAGGCAAGCUAUCCCAACACCUCACUAAGAGAGAGUAGAGAAGAAAAACUCUGACGAAAACUAAUAUCUUCUAGAAGUGUAUUAUAAGAAUUUUUGUAUAAAAUCACAGUUAAUCUCUUUGAUUAAAUGACUCUAUGCUUUGUUAUUA